AAUUUAUCCUGGCACAGAAAGUGCAGGGAGCUUCAGUCUUUCCCAAUAUUCACUGUUUGCACGAUCGCGGGAAACGUCAACUCUGUACCGUGUCCCAGCGUUGAGAAAACCCUCGCAAGCUAAAAUCCAAGAGAAUGGCUCAAAUUUUUAAAGUCCUUAAAGUAACCUCCCGGCAUUUGUCUAUCAGAAGUCGAAGUUCAAACCAUUUCCCUGAUUUACAUAAGGCACGACACUUGACUGGGCUGAGAUCACAUCUGUCAAGUAUCAGUCUGUUCUCCACUCAUCAGUCGAGUAAUGUGGACUCCUUUAGUUACAUUAUAGUCGGGGCUGGUUCUGCAGGUUGUGUGUUGGCCAACCGGCUGUCUGAGAACCAUGAUGAGACUGUGCUGGUAUUGGAAGCAGGACCAAAGGAUCUCCUUUUUGGCUGCAAGAGAUUGUCAUGGAAGAUUCACAUGCCAGCCGCCUUGAUGUACAACUUAUGUGAUGACAAAUAUAACUGGUAUUAUCAUACCGUGCCACAAAGGCACAUGGAUGACAGGAUUAUGUACUGGCCUAGAGGUAGAGUUUGGGGUGGGUCUUCCUCUUUGAAUGCAAUGGUGUAUGUUCGAGGACAUGCAGAGGACUACAAUCGAUGGCACGCACAAGGUGCCACUGGUUGGGAUUAUAGCCAUUGUUUGCCAUAUUUUAAGAAAGCCCAGACUCAUGAACUAAGUCCUGAUCUAUACAGAGGAGGCAGCGGCCCACUACAUGUCUCAAGAGGGAAGACAAACCAUGUCCUUCAUCAGGCAUUCAUCAAAGCUGGUCAGGAAGCAGGAUACCCAUUCACUGAGGACAUGAAUGGCUACCAGCAAGAAGGAGUGGGAUGGAUGGAUAUGACUAUAAACAGAGGUCAGAGAUGGAGCACAGCUAGUGCCUAUCUACGUCCAGCAAUGGAUCGCAAGAAUGUGGCUGUCCGUGAGAAGACUCUGGUCACUAAAAUACUAUUCAAAGGAAUGAAAGCAACUGGAGUGGAGUAUGUCCAAAAUGGACAAAAGAAAAAGGCAUUUGCCAGCAAAGAAGUGAUCCUAAGUGGUGGGGCUAUAAACUCCCCCCAACUUCUCAUGCUGUCUGGAAUUGGAAAUGCCACAGACCUCACAAAAUUAGGAAUCCCUGUGAUCGCUCACCUGCCAGGAGUGGGACAGAAUCUCCAGGAUCACCUCGAGGUUUAUAUCCAGCAGAUGUGCACCAAGCCUGUUACCCUGUACAGAGCACAGAAGCCACUCAGGAUGCUUAAGAUCGGCAUAGAAUGGAUGUUGAAGUUUACGGGUUAUGGGGCUACGGCACACCUAGAGUCUGGUGGAUUCAUCCGAAGUUCCCCUGGCAUUGAGCACCCGGACAUCCAGUUCCACUUUCUUCCUUCACAGGUCAUAGAUCAUGGAAGAGUGAGUCCAGACAUAGAGGCCUAUCAGGUUCACGUUGGAACCAUGAGAGGAACGAGCACUGGGUGGUUAACACUUCGUAGCGCUGAUCCCAGUGUCCAUCCAUUCAUCAACCCAAAUUACCUUUCAACAGAAAAGGACGUAGUAGAUUUCCGUCAGUGCGUGAAGUUGUCCAGGGAGAUUUUUGCCCAAAAAGCUUUUGAUGAAUUCCGGGGACCUGAGGUCUUACCGGGUCCUAUCGUUCAGACAGACAAAGAAAUUGACGCCUUUAUCAGGCAGAAGUCGGACACCGCUUACCACCCUUCCUGCACCUGUAAAAUGGGACAGCCGACUGACACCACAGCUGUGGUUAAUCCUGACACAGAGGUCCUAGGGGUGGAAAAUUUGAGGGUGGUCGAUGCAUCAAUCAUGCCGAGUAUCGUAAGUGGCAAUUUAAAUGCCCCCACGAUUAUGCUGGCAGAGAAGGCAGCUGAUAUCAUUAAGGGAGUUCCUUCACUUGCAGAAAAAAAUAUUCCAGUGUACAAGCCCAAAAGUCUCGAAACCCAAAGAUAAUCCAUUUCCUUUACACAGGCGUAACGUCAUCUUGAUUCACCAAGAACUACUUGCUCUGCCCCCCCCAGGAGAACCUAAACAUAGUCCCGUAAUUAUAUUUUUCUUAAAGACAAUACUGUUUUAGUAAAUCAUUUUAUCCACGUGAAAUGACAGAUCUGGAGCAUUCAUUCUUAUGACUCUCUGUUGUGCCUUUCCUCUAUUAUUCCUACUACAAGUUUAUGAAUCAUGUAAAAGCUGGGUGUUCUAUGGAUUGAGGGGGUGUCUCCGCACAGUCUGACACUGUCUGAUCAGUGCUGCCAGUGGCAGAUUGUGCAGGGACCCCCGCCCCGCCCCAACUGGUAACAUCCGGUUAUACACAGUCUAGUCGGAACAAUAAAGGAAUGGCGCAUCACGAAUCUUAAGAAUAGAUGCUCCACAAUUGUCAUUUCAUGUGGAUUCGAUUAUUUACUAAAACAGACAUGUCCGGAGAGGCGAGAGGUUCUCUUUAAUGGAAAAGAAAUUGAUUUGAAACUGAAAGAGCAGCUGCAGUCAACCCGAGGAAACAUUAGGAUAUAACGAGAAAUCGCUUUUAAGGGCUCA